AUGCUUAACAACAAAAUUAACAGAUUAGUGCCAAUUGACAUCAAUGCAAUCUUUGAUAUUGAUAAGAAGUCUGAUAUAAAUAUUAGUAAUAAUGAACUUGAUAAUAUUCUUAAUAGAAUUAUAAAUGCAACAGACAGUGUUAAAGAAGAUUUAAAUAAUAUAGAAAAAUCCAAAACAUUUCAUCUACCUGUUGAUAGUUAUGAAGAAUGGAUCAAAAAUCUUAAAAAGGCAGGACAUGUUUUGUUAGACAUGAAUAUAGAAUAA